UGUGUGUGUGUGUUGGGGUUUUUUCGAUGGUUACCUGUCCUAUAUUUCUGCAGAGGGGGCGGAGGGUUGAUCUGUAUAAAGGCAGAGGGCACAGAGUCGUCUCACAGCAGCAUCCUCUGACAGGUGAAAACACUCCGACUCUCUCCUUCUUCAGUCUGAAAGGAUUAAGAUCAUUUUAUUCGAUCUCCACGAUGAAGCUCGCCACGAUCGUCUCCUUCGUCCGUCCCGCCGUCGUCAUGCUUCUUCCGCUGAUUCUGAUUGGCUGGGUCGAGCAGGCGGCGGCGCACCCCGUGCAGCAGAAGCUCAGCCCGCCGCUACAGAACCCGGAGACAUACCAGACCAUUAAAGAAGUGUCUAAACAUGCUGAGAGCAUGAACACGGAGAGCGACCCGACUGUCCGGCUGACACCCAGAAUCCAGACCGACCAGGACCACAUGACCAUCUGCUGCCUCCACGCCAACAUCCUCGAGUUCUACCUGAACGAGGUUCUGCCCAAACACAAGAACGACCACCACAACCGCAUGCACACGCUGAGGACCGACCUGAGCCGCGUCAGCGAGGACCUGAAGUCUUACGGCUGCAAUGUGACUCGUCACCAUCACCUCGCUGUCGAGUUCCGUGGAAAACUCCAAACGAUGGGAGACAAUGGAAUCACCAAGGCGAUGGGAGAGAUCGACAUCAUGUUCACCUUCCUGCAGGGUUACUGCGUCGCCAACUCCACCGCCGCCGCCCCCGCCGCCGCUCAAUGAGCCCGCAGACGCUUUUAUAUUUAACAUAUUUAUCAGCUUUUUAUA